CUCCGCCCCCUCCAACUGGGGAAACACAAGGCAGACUGAGCUUGGGAGACAGAAGAGCCGCUGAGAGCUGGGCUUGUGUCUUGUGACUACUGAACUCUCUCUCACUUACACUCCAACUGCAGCUUCAUUAAAUAGCCCGGACCUCAUGUUCUAAAGUAAAGUGGAUUUUCAAGUGGCUCUGAAUGAGUUAAUACCCCCCCAGUUUGGGACAGUGCAAUAGACUGGUAUCAUGACAGGCGUGACUUGCUCCAGAGAGGAUCAUGGCGUUAUAAAGAGCCACCCAGGGCGCAGGAAAGAGCAUGGCACAGGAGCAGGCGGCCCCCCUGCAUGGCACACAGCUGAUGGGUCGCACAUGUCAGAUCCAGGGACGGGGGUGAAGAAGCACCAUCACAAGCACAGCAUCAAACACAGAUAUGAGCUGCUGGAGACACUGGGUCGGGGGACGUACGGCAAAGUGAAAAGAGCCACGGAGAAGGCCACUGGAAAUAUGGUGGCUGUGAAAUCAAUUCAAAAAGAUAAGAUCACGGAUAAGCUGGACAGAGUGCACCUUCAGCGAGAGAUUGAGAUAACGGCACUGCUGGAACAUGAACACAUUAUACGGGUCUUUGAAGUGUUCGAGAGCAGAGAUAAGAUCAUCAUGGUCAUGGAGUACGCCAGCAACGGGGAGCUCUACGACUUCAUCAAUAAUAAGAAUCAGAUUCCCGAAAAUGACGCUCGGAGAUUCUUUCGACAGAUUGUGUCCGCCGUGCACCACUGUCACAAGAAAGGGAUUGUACACCGGGAUAUCAAACUUGAGAACAUUCUUUUGGACGGCAACUUGAAUGUAAAGCUUGCAGAUUUUGGGCUUUCAAAUCAUUUCCAAAAGAACCAAGUGUUGGAAACGUACUGUGGCAGUCCUCUGUAUGCAUCGCCGGAGAUCGUUAAAGGAUUGCCCUACCAUGGGCCAGAAGUUGAUUGCUGGGCUCUGGGUGUACUACUUUAUGCUCUGGUGUAUGGAAUCAUGCCAUUUGAAAACAAUAACUACAAGUCCCUUGCUGAACAGAUUAGCUAUGGCCGGUACAGGGAUCCUCCUCAUCUCUCAGGUGCCUUUGGGCUGGUUGACUGGAUGCUCACAGUAAAUACUACAAGCAGAGCCACCAUAGAAGAUAUUGCCAACCACUGGUGGGUUAACUGGGGAUAUGACACUGCGGUGUGUGACUGUGAAUUGGUGCCGGAAUGUCAGUCCCCUCUGUUAGCCCGCUAUAUCGAAUGUCAGAACACUCCCGCUUUCCAAAUAACAAAGAUUGACCAUCGUCAAGAUGAACUAAGGAAAGAAGAGGAGUAUGAAGUUUGCCUUAGGAAAUCAAAGAAGGAAAAUGAUAUUAAUCAGUCCCAGCAAGAGAUUGAAUUAAAUAGUACAAUCCAAAUACCCAAAGGAAUCCUUAAGAAAAGAAGCAGUUUUGACAGCUCGUUUUUGCCUGCUUCAAAUCUGUCAGAAGAGCGGCCGCAGGUUAAAAAGGACUCACAGGACUCAUCCCUGUACAGCGCACUCAGUGCCAUAAAUACUGAAUGUAUUCUCAAGAUGCCAAAGAAAGGAAUUCUCAAAAAAACAUCAUACGAAAGGGAAUCUGGUUACUCAUCUUCCCCGGAAAGGAUCAUGUCAACAGAAUGCCCAAAAACAUCUCUCCAAGUUCCGCAAGAUAAAAGGAGGUCGGAGAAAGAGUUUAGUAGAAAAAAGGGUAUUCUGAAAACAACUGGGCGGUUUUCGGGCACUUCGGAUACAGCAGGUGACAGUUCUGCGACUAGCCUUUCUGGUUCCUUGGAAGACUUGUUCCUUUCUCCUGGAGGAUCCGCAAAAGACCCAAGUCGGCCAUCGAGUGUCAUUAGUGAUGACAGUUUUCUUUCUAGCGACUCAUUUGACCUGGUUGAUGUGGCUUCUGAGAAAAAGAGUACGUUGUUUUCUUACAGUCCCCCAAAAAACUUUUCCAGUUCUGAGGAAGAAGAUGGUUUGUCAAGAAAGCUCACUGGGGGUUCGUUAACGAAAAAGACUUUUGUUUUAUAAUAUCUAUAUAAGUGUCUUAUGAAAAGCGGAAAUCUUGUGUAGAUAUUUGGUGGACAAUGACCUUAAAGGGAUACUGUCAUGGGAAAAAAUUUUUUUUUUCAAAAUGAAUCAAUUAAUAGUGCUGCUCCAGCAGAAUUCUGCACUGA